UCGCGACAUUAAAUGUGUGAGGACACAAACACUGAAGACGAUGAAGUAAAAGUCCAAACUGACAGAGUGCGCGUUUGCUUCGAGUAAGGACCACUACACUGAAAACAGAAGAAAUGUUGGCUGCUUUCAGAGGACUUCCAAGGAUUUUGCUAAUAUUCAUUCUAGUACUGAACUCCACUUUAGGUGCUGACACUGGAUGUGAUGACUGGAUUCUUAAUGGAAACGAUGGUGUCUGCUGCAAGAAAUGCAAGCCAGGGAACCGCUUGGUGGAAAGUUGUGGAAGAGACCCAGAAAAGCUCUGUACCCCCUGUGAACCCGGAACUUACGUUAACAAUCUUAAAUUAUCUUGUUUGAGAUGUACCCAGUGCAUAGGAAAUCAGUUUACACAUAAACCUUGCACUAUCAGCAGCGAUACCGUAUGUGGAUGCAAGGACGGAUAUCGGUGUGGAAACAACAAAUGUUCCUUCUGUGUUGAUGAAUGCAAGGUGGGGGAGGAGCCCACCGAAGAACGAUCUUGUAGAAAAUGUCCAGAGGGAAAAUUCAAUGAUAAAAUCCACAGUGUGUGCAAAGAAUCGAGAAAAAGUUGUCCUGAUGGACAGACUUUGGUCAAAGGAAAUGUUACCAGUGACAGUACAUGCACAUAUUUAGAAGAACCUAGACCAAAACUCUUACCUACUGGGGCAAAAGACGAAAAUGAACAGACAAACUGGCUUCCAGCUUUCAUUGCUGCAGGGAUGGCAGGUUUGGCUGUCCUUUUUAUCAUAGCAUCUGUGGUUGCAUAUGUAAAGGCACAAAACAAAACAGAGAAGAAGCCAAAAACCGAUACCCCUGACCAAGACCACUCAGACGAGUCCAGGAUAAUGGUUGUUGAGCAGGAAGACUGUAGUUUUCGUCAUCCUGAGCAGGAACAGGGUGGCAGCUCAGAAUCCAUCAAUACGCAAGACUCAGAGUCUAAACUCAUAGUGUGAGUUUACUGGACAGUAUUUAUUUUUUUAUCUGACUUUAGCAUUGCUACAGGAACAAGAGGACAAAACCUCUGAACAUCUACUAAACUGUGAAAUACAUACUUGACUGGGCAUCGAUCAGCCAUUCCAGUUGGUGUAUCAGUGAUUAAUUUGAACAAAAUGAGUUACAUUUGUUCUGAAGAACAAAAUGAACUUUCACGUCGGAGUUUCUGAAGUGUGGUGCACCUUAAUAACACAAAGAUGAGAGGUUGUUAAUGUAGGUGUGCAGUAGCAGACAGCAUGUCAACACUUUUAUGAGAGUAGGCGUCAUCUACUGGUGCUUGUGUCACAUUUUCAGGUCAAAGCCCUCUUGAAAUACCCUGGUGGGCUUCCCCACUUUUUCUAAAAGAGCACCAUUUAAAAAAAAAAGAUCUUUGGAUCAAGAACAAAGAGGAUAACAUAAACACAAUGAGACUGUUUUAAAUGGAAUGUUUGCACUUUAACCAUUUUUAUUUAAAAAUAGUUAUUUGUCUAGUUUUUAUUUCAAUUUUUUUAUUGUCUGGAAAUCAGCGGCGAGCACAGAGUAGUUUUUUUGGUAGCUAAAUGUGGUUGACCGUAUCAUGUAGGAAGUGAACUGCUGAAACUAAACAUUUGACCUCAGGAUUUUUUGGUGCAUUUUACUGUUUUGUACAUUAGGAUUUAAAAAUAAGUAAAAUUGUCAACCCUUGCCUGUCUAAGCCCUGGGUCAACAAAAUUAAGACUUUCUGUUCAUUCAUUCACAAUUCCUUCUUUACUUGGGGUUAGGAAUUUACCCUGGACAUUUAGGUUUCGACUCAAGGUUUCACAUGCUACAUUUGUAAAUCCCGGGUUAAAAUUCUUAUUUGCAUAGUCAAUAUCGCGGUUUAGUUUAUGAUUGGUUGUUGGCCCUUACGUUCUGACGUCGCAUCGUUUCACACGCAAAGAUGACAACUUGGUGUUAAGGUCAGUGUGAAAAGCCCUAUAAAAGCAUAUAGAAUGUAAAAACUACACUGUUGCACUAUAGUAUACUGCACAGCUUGUUCUGUAGGCAAUAUUGUAAAUAUAUCAGCUUGCCCCAGGGUUCUGAGAAUCCACGUGUUUGGGAAUUUCCUGUAGGUAACUUCAUGGAGUGGAUACUGAGGUCAUUAAACAAGUUAUUGGGUACAAAAUCCUCUGAAACUGCAAAAACAUGGAAGAUUUCCUUUAAGUUUAUUCUCACUGAGAAUGGAGGUCAAUAAACCAGUUCAAGCGAGUAGCUUCUGACAUGGUUUUACAUAUCUAAUCUAAUCUAAUCUAAAAGGAUUGUUCAGUGGACUGUAUAUCCUGCUGAUUCAGUGGGAGUUCCCUGAUGACCAGAGUUGAAAAAUAUUUACUGUAUCUGUAAUGUUAUUAUCAUGAAUCAUUUUGCAUUCCAGUUUUAUUUUCCUCCCACGUCUAGACAUACGAGUACCAACGUGCUGAGCUCUGCAUCCACAAAAAAGAAAAACCUCACAUUAUUUGGCUCCAAGGAGCUAUUUUCUCAGGGCGUUAUAAGCAUAACAGCAGUAAUGGAACAGGAGUGGAACAACUGGUGGGUGAGCAAUGUGACAAUGGUGCUAGUCUUUUAACUGUCAAAAAAAGGUCACCCUGUUUAAUGUCACUUUAUGCAUCACCAUGGGUUUACUGUGUAAAGCCUUAUACUGGGUAAUCCUGUUUAUAAAACAGCUUUACCUCUUGUAAAAAA